AUGCACCGAAAGCGCUGGCUGAGAACGGCAAUCCCAAUGGAAGCAUCUGACAAUUCCAUCAUCCGUCGGAUCAUUCAAACCGUCGGAUCUCAGGAGGAGAACAAUUCCUCACCUCAACUUCUCUUUACAGCCCUAUCCAUGGCCGCCGGCGGCGCAAUCCGUGUAGCCGCCGCCCAGAUGACCUCCACCAACGACCUCGCCGCCAACUUCUCCACCUGCCGCCGCCUCGUCGACGAGGCAGUCUCCGCCGGAGCAAAGCUGCUCUGCCUCCCGGAGAACUUCUCCUACGUCGGCCUCAAAUCCGGCGACAGCCUCGCCAUAGCCGAGCCCUUAGAUGGGCCCACUAUGAGAAAAUACCGCUCCCUGGCCCGAAACUCUGGCAUCUGGCUCUCACUCGGCGGGUUCCAAGAGGCGACCCACGACCCUACCCGACUUCGCAACACCCACGUGCUCGUUGAUGACCGUGGCGAAAUCCGGAGCACUUACCGGAAAAUGCACCUCUUCGACGUGGAAGUGCCAGGUGGCAGCGCCGUGUACAGGGAGAGCGACUUCACGGAGCCCGGCCGCGAAGUCGUGGCUGCCGAAAGCCCGUUUGGCCGGCUGGGCCUCACCGUUUGCUACGACCUCAGGUUUCCCGAGCUUUACCAGCAGCUGAGGUUCGGGUGUGGGGCCCACGUGCUGCUUGUUCCGGCAGCUUUCACGAAGGUGACUGGUGGGGCCCACUGGGAGGUUCUGCUCCGGGCACGCGCAGUCGAGACGCAGUGCUACGUGAUAGCGGCUGCGCAGGGAGGAAAGCACAGUGAAGGGAGGGAGAGUUAUGGGGAUAGUAUGAUAGUCGACCCUUGGGGAACGGUUGUGGGGCGGUUGGCGGAUAGGGUGUCGACUGGGAUUGCGGUUGCGGAUAUCGAUUUCGCGAGGAUCGAGGAGGUUAGGUCGAGGAUGCCGAUUGGGGAGCAUAGGAAAGGGAUUGAGUUCUGGAGUUCGGUAGCGGCUUCGCCUUCUAUACUAAGCCACCCUCUCUCCGCCUGCUUUUCUGUAUUCCCCCGGCCAUCGGGAAAAUCCGAUAUGGGGCACAAGAAGCGGAACAUCGCUCCUCGCUCCAAGACAGCGGCGGCGUCGUCGUCAGAGGAUGCGGCAGCCGCCGACGGUAGCGCCCCAAACCCUUCCUCGGCCAGAAAACCCGCGAAAUCGGAUUCUGCUGAUUCGGACGGGUACGGAUGCGCCAACAGCAACGGGAGCCCUUCUUCUUCUUCCUAUGCCAUGGUGAAGACCGAAUGCGAGCGUGCCCUCAACGCUAUGCGCCGCGGGAACCACACCAAAGCCCUUAGGCUGAUGAAGGAUUUGUGCACGAAGCACGAGAGUUCUCCCCACCUGGCUUUGAUUCACCGUGUUCAGGGAACCGUUUGCGUGAAGAUGGCCUCGAUAAUCGACGACCCGAACGCGAAGCAGCGGCAUCUUCGGAAUGCUGUGGAGAGUGCCCGGAGGGCCAGCAGCCUGUCCCCAAAUUCAAUCGAGUUUGCGCACUUCUACGCCAAUCUGCUGUACGAAGCUGCGAACAAGGGGAAGGAGUACGAGGAGGUGGUGCAGGAGUGCGAGAGGGCUUUGAGGAUCGAGAACCCUGUGGACCCUGCCAAGGAGAGCUUGCAAGAGGAGAAUCAGCAGAAGAUCUCGACAGCCGAGGCUCGAGUGGCCCACGUUCAGAGUGAGCUCAGGUCGUUGAUUCAGAGGUCGAGCAUCGCCUCCAUCUCGACUUGGAUGAAGAAUCUGGGCAAUGGGGAUGAGAAGUUUCGGUUGAUUCCUAUCGGGAGGGUAACUGAGGACCCAAUGGAGUUGAGAUUAGUUCAGACAAGGAGGCCGAAUGAGAUUAAGAAAGUGGCCAAGACGCCCGAGGAGCGGAGGAAGGAAAUUGAGGUUAGGGUGGCUGCGGCUCGUCUUCUGCAGCAGAAAUCGGAGUCCCCUCACUUGGCCAAUGAUGAGGAUAGUGGUAAUAACAAUAGUAGGUGGCCGGAUUCUGGUAUGGGGUCAGGCCAGAGAUCAGGAGAAAGAAAGAAGUAUGGGAAUGCGAGGAAAAUCGUAACAUCAGAUGAGAGGAGGGAUUGGGUUCGGUCGUAUUGGAACUCUGUGAGUGUAGAUGUGAAGAAAGAUAUGCUGAGAUUUAGUAUAUCGGAUCUGAAGGAGCAUUUUAGUUCAUUGAAGGAUGGGUUGUCAAUGAGUGAGGUGUUGAAUGAGGCUUUAUCUUUCGGGAAGAAGCACAAAGUGUGGCAGUUUUGGUUGUGCUGUCGUUGCAAUGAGAAAUUUGCUGAUGCUACUUCAUUCAUGCAUCACGUUGGGCAGGAACAUAUGAGCAGCUUGAUGCCCAAAAUGCAGUUCAUUUUGCCCCAAAGUGUGGAGGAUGAAUGGGCUGAGAUGCUUCUACACUAUUCUUGGAAACCUCUAGACCUGCAUGAAGCAAUUAGGAUGGUUGGGAGACAGCAAAAAUCAGUGGAGUCUGAUUUCCUUGAGGAAUCCACAAACAGCAUGGAUGAUUCAAAAGAUUGCUUUCUCGAUUCAUAUUGCAGUGAGUACGAAUGGGAAUUAUCAUCUAGAAAGAAAAGAUCGGGUGAUAACUUCGGCAGCAGUGGCCAGGACAGCAGGGAGUUUGAAGGGGUUGAGUGGAUGGACUGUGAUGGAGAUCGCAGCAGUAAGGAAAAUUUACUAAAUGAAAAUUGGCCUUUGUCUGAUGACCCUGAGCGUGCCAAGCUUCUAGACAGAAUACAUAGCGUUUUCCAGACACUUAUUAAAAACAAAUAUCUGGCAGCAAGUCACCUUAGCAAGGUUAUUAAUUUUGCAGUGGAGGAGCUGCAGAGUCUUGCCUGUGGUUCAAAGCUGCUCCAUUCCAAAUUGGAACAAUCACCUAUCUGCAUCUGUUUCUUGGGUGCCCCAGAGCUUAAGAAAAUCCUGAACUUUUUACAGGAAAUCUCACAUGCUUGUGGACUAAAUAGAUAUUCUGGUAAAAGUAAUGCUGGAGAAGAUUCAAAUACUCGGGCACGAGGUAUUGAGAUCUCGGAGAAGUUAUUUUUUGGUCAAGACGAUUCAUAUUUGGUCCUUGAUGAGCAUUUUCUCCCCUGCAAGGCCCCUUUAUCUUUUGAUGAUUCCAUUAAUUCUUCCAGUGCAGUAAUUUCAUCUCAUUUGCACUAUGAGAAUGGCGUUAUACUUGAUUCAGAUGCAUUAUUGUCCUGGAUAUUUAAAGGCCCCUCGAGUGGUGAACAAUUGGCAUCCUGGAUGAGGAUGAAAGAUGAGAAAGCUCAGCAGGGUUUGGAGAUUCUCCAGUUGCUUGAGAAGGAGUCUUACCAUCUGCAAGGCUUAUGUGAGAGAAAAUGUGAGCACAUGAGUUAUGAGGAGGCAUUGCAGGCCGUGGAGGAUCUCUGUAUGGAAGAGGGAAAGAGAAGAGAACUUGCUACAAUUUUGGUCCGCUGCAGUUAUGAAUCUGUUCUCAGGAGAAGACGUGAAGAACUUAUCGAAAACGACAACGAGGUUACCAUUUUCAGCAAUAGAUUUGAGUUAGAUGCCAUUACAAAUGUUUUGAAGGACGCAGAGUCACUAAACGGUAACCAAUUUGGCCUUGAGGAAACAUACAAUGAUGUUGCUUCUCAUCUUUGUGACCUAGAAGCUGGUGAGGAUGAUGAUUGGAGAGAUAAAGACCAUAUGCAUCAGGUGGACUCUUGCAUAGAAGUUUCAAUACAGAGACAGAAAGAGCAAGUUUCUAGUGAGAUAAGCAAAAUGGAAGCAAGAAUACUGCAGAUACUUGUGGCGAUGCAGCAGUUAGAAGUAGAUCUUGAGCCUGCCUCUUCCCAUGAUUUUAGAACCAUCCUACUCCCUCUAGUAAAAUCAUUUAUGCGGGCACGCCUGGAGGAUCUGGCAGAGAAAGAUGCCAGAGAAAAAUCUGAUGCCGCCAGGGAGGCAUUUUUGGCUGAACUUGCUCGGGAUUCCAAGAAAGGCAUCAGUUCUGGAGUUGAUAAUUCAAAACAUGCUCACGAGAAGACUAAGGAUAAGAAGAAAAGCAGGGAGAGCCGGAAAAGCAAGGAUUCAAAGGCUACUCAGUCUGAUGAGCCGCCCAAUCAAAUAUCUGAAGAGAUAUUGUUUCCUAGUGGUUAUGAUGCAGAGGAUCUGGUUCCUGCACUUGCUGAUCCUGGGGUUGAUGAUGCUUUACGACUACAGGAAGAGGAAUACAAACAUAAAAUUGAACUUGAAGCUGAGGAGAGGAAGCUUGAAGAAACUUUGGAAUAUCAAAGACGGAUAGAAAAUGAGGCGAAACAGAAGCAUCUUGCUGAACAGCAUAAGAAAUACUCGAGAGCUGCUGAAGUACAAACAGAACCAGUUGCGGUGUCUCAUGCACAUUUGCAGUCCUACACUGAUGACAAAGAUGUGAAUGACCUAUCAACAAUCAGGAAGAAGGAUGGAUUUGCUGAUGUUUCAGAAGGUGUGCUGGAUAUAUCUACAAAUGGGGCUAUGCUGCUAAGUGGCUUACCAAUUGGAGGUAUUUCACAAGAAGGGGCUGUGUCUUCUGAUCGGCGCAUGAGUAGGAGGGGUAGACGGAGUAAGGGUCUAACCACCAAAUUAAGUGAUGGAAAAUGUCCUCCCCUGACAUCUGAAAAGGAAGAUAGUGAUGCUGGUCAGCCGAGAUUUGGGCAAAAUUCAAAUGGUUAUGUUGGUUCCCCUUUCUAUAUUGGAGGAAAGACAUUGAGACAACUCCAGGCUGAGGACGACGAUGAAGAGAGGUUUCAAGCUGAUCUACAGAAAGCUGUACAACAAAGCCUCGAUGCAUUUCAGUCACGUGGAAAUUUACCUUUAAAAUCAACUUCAGCAGCAGCUCCACAAAAGGAGCUUCCAGAAACCAGUGACUCUAGUGUUUCACGUGAUCAAGCUGUGACAGAUAAUGGUAUGGAUGAUUAUGGAACAGGGCUUAUGAAUGAAGUUGGUGAAUAUAAUUGCUUUCUCAAUGUUGUAAUACAGUCCUUGUGGCACCUAAGACGAUUCCGAGAUGAUUUUUUGCGAAGGUCGUCAUCAGAACACGUUCAUGUUGGUGAUCCUUGUGUUACAUGUGCUUUGUAUGACAUCUUCAAUGCUCUGGGUAUGGUAUCCAAAGAUAAUAGAAGAGAACCUGUUGCCCCAACCUCUCUUAGAGUUGCUUUAAGCAAUUUGUACCCUGAUAGUAAUUUCUUCCAGAAGGGUCAGAUGAAUGAUGCUUCGGAAGUGCUGGGUGUAAUAUUUAGCUGUCUUCAUCGAUCAUUUACUCCUGCAUCUGUAGUGACUGAUACGAGAUUAGUAGAUACUAGCUGUACUGGUUCCUGGGACUGCACAAAUGCUUCUUGCAUUGCACACUCAAUUUUUGGAAUGGAUAUAUUUGAGAGAAUGAACUGUUACAACUGUGGCUUGGAGUCCAGACACCUGAAAUACACAUCUUUCUUUCAUAAUAUCAAUGCCAGUGCUGUUAUGUGCCCAGAUAGCUCAUUUGAUGAAGUUUUGAACCUGGUUGAGAUGAAUCAUCAAUUAGCUUGUGAUCCUGAGGUUAGCGGCUGCGGGAAGCUCAACUAUAUCCAUCAUAUUCUCUCCUCGCCACCACACGUUUUCACAACAGUCCUGGGUUGGCAGAAUACUUCCGAGAAUGUUGAUGAUAUAAUGGCGACAUUAGCAGCCUUGUCCACUGAGAUAGAUAUCAGUGUCCUUUAUCGUGGUCUUGAUCCCCAGAGUAGACACCGUCUGGUUUCAGUGGUUUGCUAUUAUGGACAACACUAUCACUGUUUUGCCUACAGUCACGAUCAUGAACAGUGGAUUAUGUAUGAUGACCAAACUGUGAAGGUAAUUGGUGGCUGGAAUGAUGUUCUUAUAAUGUGUGGAAAAGGACAUUUGCAACCCCAAGUCCUCUUAUUUGAAGCUGUAAAUUAGUACUUACUAUGGACAUUCAAAUGUUACUUACAAGACAUGGAGCUGGCCGUAUUCAGUGUUUGACCUGACAAGACAUACCAAGCUGCACUUAUUAUAACGCUUUUGAGCUAGCUCAACUUGAAAAAACUACAAUGUUAAUACAACACCCAAUUUUGUCAGAGUGGAGAAAAAAAUGGGAACGGAUUUUAUGAAGCUAUGAGAAGGAACUUUCGACAAUUUUUUUGGGAGAUCGUGAGAGUUAAGGUUUGAUGCUCAUGAUACCAAGUCUAAUUAUGUGAUUAAAUCUUCUCAUAUCCAGUUUUGGCUGAAGAUAGUAAUAAGAAUUUGCUGGUUGAUUAU